AUGGCAGAUUGUUUCAUUUCCCUGUGGUUUGUUGGUGGACUCACAGGCUUCCGUUUGUCUCUCAUCGGCACAAAUCAGGAUUCAAGUCUUGGUCUACUAAGUUUGUGCAGACAAGAUGCUAUUGCUAAUAAUUCAUUGAAUAUGAAACAGAUAUCCUGUGCUUCCAUUUUGCAGAAUGAUCUUUUAGAUAGGAUGUUUUACCGAAUGAUCUGGCUACUGAAGAUUUCCCAGCGUCGUAAUAUUGAAGAAAUAGAAGGGGGCAUCCGUAGUAGAGGUAACAAUGGUCCUCCCCAUAAUGCCGCAGAGGUUGAAAAUGUUAUGAGUUCAGAUAUCCGUGCUCCCACCAUUCGAGCAGAUACUCGGCACUCAAGUUGGGGAAGAAGUGGUGGAAGCUGGGAAAUUUCACCAAAUGUUCUUGGCAACUCCACUGUCACUGAAAGUAGAGGCUACAAUGCUCCAAAGGAAGCACGCCAAUGA